AACAACCAUAAGCUCCUAAAGAAGAGCAGAGAACUGCAAUAAGCAGUUCUGUAUAUGAUAUUCAAUUUUUCAUAAUUUCAUAUACCCUUUUUUAUGUUCUUUGCAAAUAUGUGUCUCCUAACCCCCAAUGACUUGAAGCGAAUUUUUGAGAAGUUAGACAUAAAUGGAGAUGGGUUUGUGAGCCUUGAGGAGCUGAACCGGCUUCUACAAAAGAUAGGAACUUCCCACUAUAGCUUAGAAGAGUUGGAAUCUCUUGUGGAAAAGAAGAGCCUUGAUUUCAGUGAGUUCUUGUUUUUGUACAAUAAUUCUAUAUCAAAACAGAACAAUGGGGAGAGCAAAGGUGGUGAUGCAGAUGAUGAUGAUGAUGAUGUAGAGGAGUUGGAGAGUGACCUUGUGAAGACCUUCAUGGUGUUUGAUUUGGAUGGUGAUGGAUUCAUCACAAGCCAAGAAUUAGGGUGUGUGUUGAAGACGCUUGGCUUGUGGGACGAAACAAGUGACAAGGAUUGUAGAAGCAUGAUUCGCUUCUAUGACACCAAUUUGGAUGGUCGCCUUGAUUUUCAGGAAUUCAAGACCAUGAUGUUGCUUACCAAUGCCCCAAAUUCUUUUCAUUUUGUUUAGUGUCCUCUCCUCAACUUUAUUGUAAACCCAUCAUUCUGUUGUGUCAUCAUCAUGUGUGUGUAUAUAUUGUAUGUUAUUCAUAAUCAUAAUCAUAAUCACAAUCAUCCUCUGCUCCAUGGGUACACAUACAAGUCAUUUUUGUUAAAAUUAGUUAAUCAUGCCAUUGAUGCCAAUGCUGUAUUGGUAGAGUUAGUUCAAUUUUUUUAUCUACAAUGAGGUUAGAUAGAUAGAUAUGAAUCCUUUUGUAAAUAAAAGUUAAAGGCUAUAGCGUUAUCAUCAUCCAUUUAAGAGUUUGGUUUACGCAAUUGAGAGUAUGUGCCCCUAUAAUAAAAGGCUGCGUGUGGGGGCCUAUGUAGCUUUUUCUUGCAUUCGGAUGUGGUAAUCGUUUUUACCAUUCACUAAAAUAAAAGUCUUUUCU